AUGCCGUUUGUACUUCAAGAAAAAGAAUUGCUUCCCAUCUUUGGUGCCGGCGCGGCGGCUCUGAUGCUUGUGUUCUUCAUUCAAGUUGUUGUCGCCGUGGUGUACCGCGUCGGGGCAAAGAUUCACUGCAUCCAAUGGCAUUACCUGGGCUGUCUGUGUUUUCCCGUCUUUUGGAUGGUCUCCUUGCGUACGGGGCUGACUUUCUAUAUUACCACCGUGGCUCUGGGGCUUGCCAUGGUUAGUGGCGCCACUUCAUGGAAGAAUGGCCUUGUGCCAUUUUUGCUGUCUUUUGUUCUUAUCGGCGUGUGUGUGCCGCAAUUGAGUCACAACGUGCACCUGGAGAUCCCAGUUGACACCAUGACGUGGGUGUCUCGGUACUACGGACUGGUGGCUGUGUGGCCGUCCCACAGAGCCGUUGGCCCUCGUCACCUCUUUGUGGUGUAUGAUGGUGUGACACUGGUGCAACUGCCGUGUAAAAUGCAGAUGACACACCUAGCUGCCCACGAGGACAGUGGUGGCUCGGAAGUCUUUACACGAUCCUUGGUUUCGCUUGCAGACCAUACACGCAUUUACGCCUUGGAAGGCUGUACAAAGGCUGCUUCUAGAGAUAGACGGACAAUGCAUCGUAUCACCUUGUUGGGGGCGAAUGCUCGGAUGGAAGACAUCACAAUCCGCUGCAAACUACCAGCACCUAACAAAACUCACACCGAUGACUCUAAUGUUCGUUGCUUAAGCUUAACAUCGGAUGUGCUUCUUGUAAAUGUACAAGUUGAACUGUACGACGGCAAUGGGCAUCUUACCUCUUCACAAAGUAUCCGUCGUGCAGAAGGCUGUGUGGAUGCUCUAGAGCAGUUACACCAGCUUAAUGAGUUUGUGUCCAGUGAUACCGGAUCCCUCGUAGUGUGCUUCCCCAGGCUGGGAGGACACGCAAUGUUGCGGCUACUGGAGGAUCGUGGUGUUGCUCCACCCGCUCUGAAGGAGCAGGUGCCGUAUUCUAUUCGAUGGCUUUGGCAUAUGCCCCGGGUUCUCCAGAGCACGCAGGAGCAGGUGACAUAUGUUGUGGAACGUGUCUUGCUUGCCGGUACGUCAGUGGCGACGGCUAAGCUUUUUGAGUGGGCUGUUGCUGCCCGAGGUGCGUUUUUAUGUGUAGUAAAAAAAACAAUUCCCUACGCUAUUGUCGGGCUAGAGAAUGUGGAGGUAGUGAUAAUGGGCGUUUACUGUUCCGCGACAAGAAACGCCCAACUCUUUUUUUGCAAUGUGUCUAGCCAUCAAUACGCCGAUGAUCAAAGAUAUGUGUUGGGCGUCCAAAUUGGAAACAUCUCUUGCGAGGCCUUUCGCUGGGCGUCAGAUAAACUGGAUUUUGUGCCGGGUCUUUGGGGGGCAUACAACUGGGCCCUAAAGGCAGAGUGGAAGCUCACAGUGUUGUGCGUAAAGAGUCUGGGGGCGGGUGUGAUGUUGUUCCACAGGGCGCUUGCUCUGCCUGUUUGUCGCGCCAUGAAUCUUGCGGCGCGUUCCUUUGCUACCCGGCUUCGUCACCUGGCUCCGUCACUCGCAGAGUUUUUCGGCCUCUCAGCUCUCAGGGGUUUCCUUGGUAGCUCCGCCAUAUUUCUUUGGCGUGCGGAACUUUAUUUGCUUGUGCUGGAGUGGAAGUUAAUAUGCCAAGCGCUUUAUUGUCUUUUAACUUGGUUUACCAUGCCGUUGGGGCCUGGGUUCAAUUUGGCCUGUGGAAUAUUUGGUUGGGUGCAGUACACCUGGGGGCUUUACACCACCACUACACUCUCUGCCCACGUCUUUGUUGCAUUGCUUCAGACACUCUUCACUUUGGUCGCCCUGCAGAAUGAACUACGCAACAUUACCAUGCGUGAAUGUGAGCGGUGUCCUGCCUUUCUGCGACGGUAUGCAGGCGGGGAGUUUGUCAUGAUGUUGUGGGCCUUCGCAAGGGUGCACUCGAUGAUCACAAUCAGCUACGUUGGAGUGCAUUUCAUGCAGCUGUGCAUGCUUCUUGGGCUGUCCGCGCUGCCCUUCUUCGCCAAGGUGUACAACUUGGCUCUGUAUGUGGGAUUUCCAUGCGUGUCCUCGCACUUGUGUCUGAUGUUCUUUACGAAAGAUCCGGGGCGACGAGGCGUGGUAUUUCUUUCGGCUGUCAAAGGGCUGUUGGUCAUCGUGGUUGAUCGCACCAUCGGCAAUCUUGUUGCACACAUCCUGCGGGAGGUCUUUUUUUUAGCCGCCGGUGCGCUACUCCUCGCUGGCGUUUACUUUGCGUGGCAGUGGGGAUUACACAUCCGUGUAGCGGAAGUUUACCGGCGUCUGCAGUCCGAUGACGUGGCUGCCCGGCAGCGGGCCGGUGUGGUCGAGGAGGCACCGGAAGCGGAGGAACCUCAUGCAUCAAAAACAACCUGA